CCCAAAACCCUCUGAAGCUCACAUGCAACAUCAACCAUGGAGUUGGUACCAGUGAGAAAAAAUUUCAAGAGUGUGUUUGCGGAUGAUGGACCUUCCUUCUACAAGAUUAUCAAAGGUUCAGCAAGUGUGGAGUUGAAGCUGUCAAUUUCUAUCUUCUCCUCCUUUCUUUGCAAUCAUUACUUGCAGGAAAUCCCACCGCACUUUAUGAACCAUCUAGUGAAUGAAGCGGCUGACAAAGCAACUCUGAAGAGCCCUUCUGGUGACCUUUGGACCGUUGUGUUACGUAAGAAGGAAAAUGGCACUUAUCUGCAAGAUGGUUGGUCAGACUUCGUAAGAAAUCACAAAGUAGUUAAAGACGAGUUUUUAAUCUUUAGAUACGAUGGAAAUCUACAUUUCAGCGUGCAAAUUUAUGAUGUGAAUGGAUUGGAGAGAGCCAGCGCAUCUUUUACCCGUAAACAUCAGGGAGCUGACACCUCUAAACAAGGCACAUCGGCGGAGAACGAAAUCGAUUCUCUUCACCUUCAUCAGUUAAAAGACUCAGAACUUAUUAAUCCAGAACCCACUAGAAAAAGGAAACGAGGAGGAUGGAGAAAGAAGGUUGAUCCAAUUAACCUUCAUCAGUCCAAGUCCUUCAACUGUGCUCCCAAAGCUGCCCCCAACAAGAAAAGGAGAUGUGGCAGACCAAGAAAGAACGAAGCAACUGAUGCCCUUGUUCUUCGUAAGUUGGAACGCUGCAAACGUGCUCCCGAAGCUGCCUCCAAUGAGAAAAGGAGGCCUGGUAGACCAAGAAAGAAUGAAGCAAUUGGUGGUACCCUUAAUCUUUGUCAGCCGGAACCCUGGAAACAUGCUCCCAAAGCUGCCUCCAAUGAGAAAAGGAGGCCUGGCAGACCAAGAAAGAACGAAGCAAUUGGUGGUACCCCUAUUCUUUGUCAGCCUGCACCCUGGAAACAUGCUCCCAAAGCUGCCUCCAAUGAGAAAAGGAGUCCUGGCAGACCAAGAAAGAACGAAGCAGUUGAUACCCUUAUUCUUCAUAAGUCUGAGUCCUGCAAACGUGCUUCCAAAGCUGCCUCCGCUGAGACAAGGACAUCUUGCAGAUUAAGAAAGAAUGAAGCAAAUGGUACCCUUACUUUUUGUCAGCCGGAACCCUGGAAAUGUGCUCCCAAAGCUGCCUCCAAUGAGAAAAGGAGGCCUGGCAGACCUAGAAAGAACAAAGCAGUUGAAGUCCUUAAUCUUCAUAAGUCUGAGUCCUGCAAAUGUGCUUCCGAAGCUGCCUCCACUGAGAAAAGGACAUCUGGCAGUUUAAGAAAGAACAAAGCAAAUGAUACCCUUAUUCUUCGUCAGCCGGAACCUUGCAAACAAACUUUCGAAGCUGCAUCAAGCAGAAAAAGAAAAUGUGGCAGACCAACAAAGAAAGAUGAUCCACUUCACCAAUCAAAAUCUUGCAAAUAUGCUCAAGGGGUCAAAAAAUUUAAGAAGAUCAAGCGCACCGAAAGGAAGGUUAAAGAGAAAGAAAUGGACCCAACCAUCAUGGAAUCAGAUAGACAGAGUAAGGUGAAUGAAGAGGACAAAGACAACAAGGAAAGGAAGAAAAAGAGAUGUAAAAUACACAAGGAACACCAUUUGCGGAACAUCAAGCACACCAAAAAGAAGAUUAAAGAGAAAAAAGUGUACCCAACGAUCAAGGAAGCAGAUUCACAGCUUGAAGUAAAUGAAGAGGAAGAAGUUAAUAGCAAAAGGAAGAAAAGAAAGAGUGAAACACAUGAGAAACACCAUUCACGGAAGGUCAAGCACACCAAAAGUAAUAUUAAAGGGCAAGAAAUAGAGCCAACAAGGGAAGCAGAUUCACAGCUCAAGAUGAAUGAAGAGGAGAAAGACAACAGCAAAAGGAAGAAAAGAAAAUGUGAAAAACAGGAGCAGCAGCAUUCACAGACAAUGCGGCCUCCAACUGAAGAAGAAAGAGCUAGAGUUCUGGAAAAAGCUGAUUCAUUUGUCUCCAAAUUUCCUUGUUACAAGCGCUGCCUACAAUAUUAUGAUGUGCAUAAAAUGUUUUUUCUGGUGAGUAUGCUUCAUCCUUUAUAUAUAUAUCCCCAAUCCUUCCUUGCAUUUUAGUUACUGUUCUUAGUCUAAUAAUUUAGGUCUAAUAGGCAUCAAUUUUUUUUCUUGCUUCUUUUUAGUGGAAAUCUGUGUGUUUCAAGCAGAUCAUAGAAUUGGGGGGACCCCAACGAACCUUUCUAUAACUUCCAAGUUGUGCCAAGGAAUUAAAAUCUCACCACCACCUCCAUAGCCUGUCUUGCUUAUGUCAACACGGAACAAUUUUUAAAAAGCGUUUCAAUCUUACUUUCUUAUAUUUGAUCAUAUUACUAAGUAAAUACAUAAUUACCUUCUUCUUUUUUUCCCGAGGACCUGGCUGCCCAAACUGCACAUCAAAUAAGAGCACCUGGCUCUGAUUCUCUUUAUCAUGAAUUGAGCAUCUUAGUCCAACCUUCCUUCCGUACAAGCACAUUUAUCACUAUGCAGUAAGGAAUUUCGCAUUAUAUCCUAUCGGAGUGUAAUUUAUCAAAGUCAAAGCCACUAAAAGGGUUCACUAGACUUAAUUUAUCACUACUUAACGAAGAACAAAAAAAGGAAAAAAGAACACGCCAUAAAAUUGGUGAUCCUAAAUUUGUACUAGUUGUGUGUAUGCAUGUGUCCGUGUGUGGGGUCGUUUGUCUCCUUUUACUGAAUUCCUAGAACUUACUUAUCUGA